AUGUCGUCCACCCACGUCCGCCGGCACCAGCCGCAGCCUCAGCAGGAAGAUGUCGCGACGGCGCCCAAGAACAUCGCCCGGGCCGAUCAGCAGCCGCAGGAGAAGAAGUCCCGGGCCGAGCAGCGCAUCGGCGCCUACACCGUCAUCCGCACGCUGGGCGAGGGCUCCUUUGGCAAGGUUCGCCUAGCCAUCCACAAUGGCACCGGCCAGCAGGUUGCUCUCAAGAUCAUCACCCGCAAGAAGCUCAUCAGCCGCGACAUGGCCGGUCGAGUCGAGCGUGAGAUUGAGUAUCUCCAGCUGCUCCGCCACCCGCACAUCAUCAAGCUGUAUACCGUCAUCAAGACCCCGGCCGAAAUCAUCAUGGUGCUUGAGUAUGCCGGUGGCGAGCUGUUUGAUUACAUUGUCCAGAACGGCCGCAUGAAGGAGGCAGAGGCACGCCGUUUCUUCCAGCAGAUGAUAUGUGCUGUCGAGUACUGCCAUCGCCACAAGAUUGUCCACCGAGAUCUAAAGCCCGAAAACCUGUUACUGGAUGAGAAUCUCAACGUCAAGAUUGCCGAUUUUGGUCUCAGCAACAUCAUGACCGACGGCAACUUCCUCAAGACGAGCUGCGGCAGCCCCAACUAUGCUGCCCCUGAGGUCAUCGGUGGAAAGCUCUAUGCCGGCUCUGAGGUGGACGUGUGGAGCUGCGGAGUUAUUCUCUACGUCCUGCUUGUCGGAAGGCUGCCCUUUGAUGAUGAGCACAUCCCUAGCCUCUUUGCCAAAAUCGCUAGGGGUACCUAUAGCAUGCCUCAAUGGAUGCCGGCUGGUGCCGCCGCCUUGAUCAAGGGCAUGCUGGUUGUCAAUCCCGUCCAGCGAAUGACCAUUGACGAGAUUAGGGCUGACCCGUGGUUCAACACCGACUUGCCCACGUACUUGCAGCCUCCCGUCGAGGAGUUCUUCCAUACCGGUGUUGAUCCUAACAAAGCCAUUCAGAAGAGCGAUAUUGCACCCAAUGCUCCUGAAAAGGUGCAAGAGAAGCUCCACAAUGAGGUUACAGAAAAGAUUAGCAAGACCAUGGGAUACGGCAAAGACGAUGUCGAGGAGGCUCUCCAAUCCGAGGAACCCUCAGCAAUCAAGGACGCCUACAUGAUUGUCCGAGAAAACAAACUCAUGCUAGCAAAUAAUCCAGAAUCUGGCCUCACUGGUGAGGAAGGCAGUCCUAUGAUGAGCAUCUCUUCUACACGAUCCGCUAUUUCACCUGGAGGCACAUCUCCUCGUCCAUACGUCAACAAGGUCGGCAUCCUACCCAGCAGUCUCCCCGCCUAUCACAGAGACUACAUGGAGAGGGAAAAGAACGGAACCGAUCACGACCCUCUACCCCCAACUAUAGCUAUUAACGAUGAGCUACCCACUACUCGAACCGAGGCCGAGAAGGAAGAGGCAGCACGUCGUCUAAAUCCCCACGCACGCAAUGCUCUACGCCUGGACGAAUCUAGUAAACGCCCACAGGGAAUGACACCAAUUACUACACCCGCCAAAAAGUCCAAGCCUGUGCGCUGGCAAUUUGGCAUCCGAUCUCGCAAUGCGCCAUGGGAGGCCCUUCUCUGUAUUCACAAAGCCCUCCAUAAGCUCGGUGCAUCUCAUCUCCGCGAUGAGGGUUACGAUGAGGCGCACGGCAGAGGGGGCGACGACGCUACAAGUCGUGAUAGCAGCUUUGCAAACGGCGUUCCUUUGGCACGCAAGUUAAAUGACACUGAUCCUACUAAGAAGUAUAAACUACCUGCGGAUCCAUGGCAUAUCCAAGUCAGAUGGCCAUCGUCUGACAUCCAAAGAGAGGCAGAACGCCGACAAGAUUCCGAAAUCAAGAGCGGGUCGCCAGACAGCUUCCACGUCUACUCUCCCGAAGACCCGACUUCACGCAAGGAUUUCGUCGCCCUGCACAUGGACAUUCAAAUCUAUGAGAUGGAACAGGGAGUCUAUCUUGUGGACUUCAAGUGCUCGGGCUACGAGACCCAGGACGGAAGGCUGCUCGAAGAGAAGGAGGUCACCAGCCCGUUCCCCUUCUUGGAUCGGGCCGCCAAGUUGAUCAUGCAGCUAGCCGAGGCUGACUAG